AAUUGUCUCAAUUUAUCUGGGAAUGUUUUAUUGUCCUUGUCUUGAGCUCUCAUUUUGGACAUUAUAUGGCUAAUGACAUAUGCAAAUUCGACUCAUAACUACGUAUGACAAAAGAAGCUUCGUCAGAUGGAUACUACAGCGGUAAUCAGUGCAACCCUUUAAAUGACACAUAGCCAAAUACUCAGCACUCAAAGGUUUCUGAGUAAUCGACUUCUGUUGCGUUAUAUUUCGUGAAAAUACAUCACGUGUUCCGUCCAGUUCACUCAAGUAAAAAAUCAAAAUGUUAUCCAUUCAAGAAAAAGAAAUCGUAUCUGUAGGCAAAGUUUUGAACGACAGUAAUAGACCAUUGAAGGAAAGAUUCCGUGCUUUAUUUACUCUUAAAAAUAUCGGAGGAUCUUUAGCAAUUGAGCAGAUACAAAAAGGUUUUAGGGAUCCAUCAGCACUACUUAAACAUGAGCUUGCAUAUUGUCUUGGACAAAUGCAAGAUUCUCGUGCUAUACCAAUACUUGUGGAUGUUUUAAAAGAUAAAAAUCAAGAGCCAAUGGUUAGGCAUGAAGCUGGAGAAGCAUUGGGAGCAAUCGGAGACACAAAUGUCAUAUCUGUAUUGGAGGAAUAUAGCAAGGAUCCAACUGUUGAAGUUGCUGAAACCUGUGAACUUGCCUUGAAAAGAUUAAAGUGGAUAGAAAGUCAAGGUGAAACAAAAGAAAAGGAUCUAUCAAAGAAUCCUUAUGCAUCUAUUGAUCCAGCUCCACCAGCCCAGACAAAAAAUGUGAAAGAAUUAACAGAUAUCCUUCUGGAUGAAAAAGCAUCUCUUUUUGAGAGAUAUCGAGCAAUGUUCUCAUUGAGAAAUCUGAGAACAGAAGAAAGUGUUCUUGCUCUUGCAAAAGGCUUAAAGGCAGGCAGUGCACUGUUCCGACAUGAAGUUGCAUUUGUACUUGGUCAGUUACAAGAGGAAGUGAGUAUACCUCUUUUGAAAGAGUCUCUGGAAGAUGCAAAUGAAAAUGAAAUGGUUAGGCAUGAAUGUGCUGAAGCUCUAGGUGCUAUUGCUACUCCUUAUUGCUUGGACAUUCUAAAGAAGUAUUUGGAUGACGAAAAACGCGUGGUCCGUGAGAGCUGUGUGAUUGCAUUGGAUAUGUGUGAAUAUGAAAAUAGCUCAGAAUUCCAGUAUGCAAAUAUUUUAUCGCAAGUUUCCACGUGAUGAUUGAACGAAUGAAUUGAUCCACGUUGAAGUUUUAAUAAAUAAUUUUAAGUAAUGUACAGCUGCGUCAUAUACAUCAACUUGCUUAAUUUUAAUUUAAGUGGCGACCAAGAUUACUUAAUUAAUACAGGUAUUUAAACGUCUAAAAUUUGACUCCUCCUGAUGAACAUAAAAGUUUUGCCUACAGAUACUAAUAAUCAUAAUUGAAUUUACGAUAUCCAGUGGGGCAUAAAUUGAAAUUGAGAAAUCCAUGUUUGAAAAUUCCGUUUAUUAAAGGACUAUUUUUGUUUUAAAAAA